AUGCUGCUCAGGAUGGUGCUGUGGACAGGGGAGUGUCAGUCCCGACUCAAGCGCGUCUAUGGUCCAGCUUCAGUGACUCCAGCCCAUCUGUGGUCCAGCUUCAGUGACUCCAGCCAGUCUAUGGUCCUGCUCCAUCCCGACUCCAGCCCCUCCAUGGUCCAGAUGCGGCGUCUGUGGGCUUUGACACACGGUCCCCUGGUUGUCCUUAUGUGGACCCCUGCCCUUUGGGUGUCAGCGCUCCGGGGCUGCGCUGACUCCCGCCAGGCGUAUGCAGAGAAGGGCUACAGCACCAGCAGCGCACCGGUCACACAGAUCUCAGGGGAACACUUGCGACUGUGCCCUCAGGACUACACCUGCUGCUCCAGCCACAUGGAGGAGACCCUGGCUCUGCAGAGUGAGAGGGACUUCCUCAAAGCUGUGCAAGACGGCAGCCAGUUCCUCCUCACCACUUUCACACAGAGACACCGCCGCUUUGACGAGUUCUUCCGUGAGCUCAUCGAUGUGUCGGAGAAGUCCAUGAACCAGAUGUUCACCAAGACGUAUGGGAAGCUCUUCACUCAGAACGCACUGGUUUUUCAGGAGUUGUUUGUGGAGCUGCGCAGAUAUUAUUCAGGGGGCAGUGUGAGCCUGUCGGAGGUCCUGUCUGACUUCUGGUCACGGCUGGUGGAGCGGGUCUUCUCUCUGGUCAAUCCUCAGUACCAUUUCAACGAGGAGUACCUGGAGUGUGUGAGCAAACACGCCGAGCAGCUGCAGCCCUUUGGAGACGUGCCACGCAAGCUGAGGACACAGCUGAGCGCAGACCCCCAGUGUGUGCGGGGCCUCAUGCGUCAGUGGUACUGCCCUCUGUGUCGGGGGAUGACGUCGCUGCGGCCCUGUCACUCGCUCUGCCUGAACGUCAUGAAGGGCUGCCUGGCCAAUCAGGCCGACCUGGGCUCCGAGUGGAACAGCUUCAUUGACGUCCUGUACCUGGUCUCUGAGAAGUUGGCGGGGCCGUUCAACAUAGAGCUGGCAGCAGACUCCAUCUCUGUAAAAGUGUCUGAAGCCAUCAUGCACAUGCAGGAGAACAGUGUGAGCCUCUCCAGCAAGGUAUUCCAGGGCUGUGGGAACCCUCGUCCAGCUCGUUCAAAGCGAUCCCCCAAAGACUCUGAAGGCCACAGAAGACCCUUCAGGACCUACACUCCUGAGGAGAAGCCCACAACAGCUGCAGGGACCAAUCUAGAUCGACUGGUCACUGAAUUGAAGGAGCGACUGGGGCCCAUGCAGGGCUUCUGGGUGUCCCUCCCACACACCAUCUGCAGCGAGGAGAAGAUGGCGGCCGACGUCACCAACGAGGAGCGCUGCUGGAACGGGCAGACGCGGGGGAGGUACUUGCCUCAUGUGACUGGAGACGGUCUGAUCAAUCAACUCAAUAACCCGGAGGUGGAGGUGGACACCAGCCGCCCGGACGUCCGCACCAGACAGCUGAUCAUGGAGCUGCGUGUGGCCUCCAACAAGCUCAAGCAUGCCCUGAGCGGUCAGGACAUGGACUUUGUGGACAGUGAGAGUGAGGAGGGCAGUGGCUCCGGCGGCGGCGGCGACGACCACGUGGAGCGGUACAACGAUGACUGGCCGGGAAACGGGGCACACUCUCCCUCGGCCCCCAGACACCCGCACCACCAGGGCCCCCAGAAGCCCUCCCGCACCCGGGACCGGCACGGCUCCAAGUGGAACAAGAACGGGAGAGCCAAUUCAGCCUCCUGCUUGCCCACACUGUCUGCACUGCCUCUGCUGUGCUUAUCACUCCUGGCCAGUACUGCCCCCGUGUGGAGAUAG